AAACCCUAGCUCUUCCGAAGAUAACGUCUCCUUUCUCUCUCUCUCUCUCUAAAACCGUAGUAUCCUCUUCUUCCCUCUCUGUCUUAUCAUCGAAACCCUAGAUUUCGAUUGGGAGGCGUCGCUCGAGCUGCUUGAUCGCGGGAUCCCGCAUGGCGAUGGGGGAGAAUGCCGUCGCGGAUGAGAGGAUGCUGGUGAUGGUUCCACCACAUCCAUUGAUCAAGCACUGGAUCUCUGUUCUCAGAAACGAGCAGACCCCGUGUGCCAUCUUCAAGAGUGCCAUGGCAGAACUUGGGAGGUUACUCACAUAUGAAGCUUCAAGAGAUUGGUUGCCUACAAUCACGGGAGAGAUCCAGUCACCAGUUGGUCCUGCUGUUGUUGAAUUUAUCGAUCCACGUGAGCCCGUGGUGAUCAUUCCUAUCUUGAGAGCUGGUCUUGCGCUAGCGGAGCAUGCUCCAUCAGUUUUGCCAGCCACAAUAACUUACCACCUGGGCAUGCAUAGGGAUGAGGAAACGCUACAGCCAUCUGUAUAUCUGAACAAGUUACCUGAUAAGUUUCCAGAGGGAUCUCGGGUACUUGUUGUGGACCCUAUGCUUGCGACUGGUGGCACCAUAGUUGCAGCUAUUGACUUGCUGAAGGAUCGUGGAGUCGACAGCAAGCAGAUAAAAGUUAUAUCUGCUGUUGCUGCCCCUCCAGCAUUGCAGAAGCUCAGCAAAAAAUUCCCAGGGCUUCGUGUAUAUGCAGGAAUAAUAGAUCCAGUGGUGAAUGAGAAAGGGUUCAUUGUCCCGGGGUUGGGAGAUGCUGGAGACCGCAGCUUCGGUACCUGAAACUCAACAUGCCUUCGUUUCAGCAUGCUUUUCUUCCCAAAAUAUCGAAGAAACCUUGAAAUUCGGUUGCAUUCGUAUGGCGUCUGCCAGAAUUUUAUGCUGAGCAUUUUGCAAAAUCUAUCUCUGAUGGUUUUUGCUGGUUAUUUGUGGUGCCCCCAAAAAACACCCCUAAAGGUUGCAUGUAAAAAGUCAACUUCUCUCACAUUCGAAUGCGAUCCCUCCGUUGCCAUUUAUGGGAUGAUCAGAUGUUUUAGGUACUUGGGAGGUUCAUAAGUUUUCUGCACGGUGUUGUGCUUGUCAUGUGGUACCAUUUUAUUAUUAUUAUUUAUUUGAACAAUAUAAUUUUAGAUUUCAAGAAUAGAAGGAUGCAUGUAUAAA